GUCUCGGAAGCUGAUCCCAGAUCAGCGCCUAAAAAGAUUAAGCCACGCCCCAGGCUCCGCCCACACGGAGCCAGCGUUUAGUAGUAGUGACUGUUUAGCUUCCUCUUAACAGUGAGAGAAUCGGAAGUUUGGAGAAGUUUCCUAACAUGAACUUUUGCUGUUAUAAGAGUUCUGUGUAGUUUCAGGUCUAGUUGCAGUGUGAACCGUCGCUCUCGGGUUUGAACAAGCUGAGCUUCUUCGUUAAAUUCUUCAACUUUCCUUCCUUUUUAAAGCAGCUGACCCAGACCAGGUAGACAUUACAUUGAGACGAGAUGAACCCGGACUCUGCUGACCCUUAUAUAUUUUCAACUCACUCGCUACCCUCUGACCACCGUUUCCUGCCACCUCUGACCAACGGGACGCUGGGAUGGAGAGUGUUUGGCAAAAUUCUGCAUAAGGGUGGAGUCUAUAAUGGAGAGGUUGGAGCCUGUCACCGAGCUGAUAUACCAUGUCCACUUGCGGUCAGGAUGAAGGUCGAGGAGGGGAAGCAUACGUACAGUUUGGACGCCCACACUGGUAUAUUCACCCAUUCAGUACUUACCUCUUAUGUGGAAGCGACUCAGGUGUUCUAUGCUCAUCGACAGUAUCCCAACAUGCUGGUCAUGGAAGUGAUGCUAAAGCGCCAGAGGAGCUCAGAGGAAGCAAUCACAGUCAAGCUUGAUAGUUCUUUCACUCCUCACAGUCAUGACAUUGCCUUUGAGAAGGCUCCGGACUAUAGAGGAGGGAGGCACAUGUUCGGGCACACUAUGUCAGCAGAAGCCCCUGGAGUACUCCGUCCUUCUGUGCACCUUAUCUGGACCCCACUAAUCUCCUCUGUAACGUUACUGCCUGACCAGCGUCAGUCUAGCUGGAGCUUCCUGGUUGCAGUUGCAGAGAGCAGUGAGAUCGCCCAGCUUUGCUUCAACACUGGUUUGGAGCUCAUUGAACAUGGCGACCUGCAGACUUCCCAUGUAAGGGCGUGGGCGGAGCUAUGGCACGGCAGCAGUGUGGAGCUGGCCGGACCACAGCCUUUGAGCCAAGCCGUGAUUGGCUGCAUGUUCUACCUUCUGAGCGCGCUCCCCUCUCUGACGGAAACACCCACACCGUUUGGGGGCAUCAGUCCUGGAGGUUUGUCUAACGGGGGACACGGACAAGGACAGGACUACUGGGGACAUGUUUUCUGGGAUCAGGACACAUGGAUGUAUCCUAACUUUGCACUCUUUCACCCUAACCUGGCCAGAGCUGUCUUGGAGUACAGAGUGCGAACACUAGAAGGUGCCCGGAUCAAUGCCCGGGAGCAGGGCUAUAAGGGCUUGAAGUUCCCGUGGGAGAGUGCUGUAUCCGGUCAAGAGGUGUGUCCGAUGGACAGUUUUGGAAAACAGGAGAUCCACAUUAACGGAGACGUAGCUCUCGCCUUCCGUCAGUACUUCUACCUAACGCAGGACAUUGGAUUAUUUAAAGAGGGCGGUGCCAGUGAAGUGGUGUGGGGUAUAGCUGAUUACUGGGGGUCCCGAGUGAUCUGGGACCCCGAUGACCAGCACUACCACCUCAAAGGAGUGAUGCCUCCUGAUGAGUACAACAAACAUGUUGACAACUCGGUGUACACUAACACUGUCGCCAAGUACAGUCUGCAGUUUGCUGUGGACUUGGCUAGAUUGCUCCAGCAUCCCGCACCCUCGGAGUGGCAGGAAAUAGCUGAUAAGCUAAAAAUUCCCUACGACCCUGGACUGAUGUACCACCCAGAGUUUGAUGGUUACAAAAAGGGAAGUGAAGUGAAGCAGGCAGAUGCCAUCCUGGUAGGAUUCCCGCUGGGAUUGCCCAUGAGCCCAGAGGUCAGACGGAAUGAUCUGGAAUGUUACGAGGCCGUCACUGACCCGCUCGGUCCUGCUAUGACUUGGAGUAUGUUUGCAGUCGGUUGGUUGGAGCUUGGUGAAGCUGAAAAAGCACAACAGCUUCUGCAAAAGUGCUUCAAAAAUAUACAAGGGCCCUUCCAGGUGUGGAGUGAGUCAUGUGAUGGUUCUGGAGCGGUCAACUUCCUCACAGGCAUGGGGGGGUUUCUGCAGGCUGUGUUGUUCGGGUACACCGGUUUCAGGGUCCAAAAGGACUGUCUGGCUUUUUCGCCACUGAUACCAAACGAAGUGUCUAUGCUCAGUCUGAAAGGCAUCGGUUACCUUGGUAAUAAGCUGGACUGGGUGGUGGAUAGACAGGAAGUCAGCGUUGUGUUGCGGAAGCAGGCGAAGGAUUCUGGCCAUGAGCAGCCUUGUCCUCUUGAGAUCGUCCUACAGAGCUCUGGAGACAGAAUCCCUCUUAAUCCAGGGCAAUUGGUGACAUUUCCAUGGCAACCUGGCAAGAUACAAAAACAAAGCACUACCUCAUACUGCUGGCCUCUUUGAUCCAGAAAUGAUGAGCCAAUAUGAUGAGUCGUACGUCAGUGCCAUGAAAAACUGUUUUGAUAAGUGAUAUUAUGUUUAUGAUUAUAAUUGAGCUGCUAGACAUUCAGUUAUGGUUUUUGCAAUUGUUUGAAAUCGUCGGAUACUCCUGUAUGUUUUUUUUUUUUUUUGAUUGUGUACAAUUUUGUACCUUUUUAAGGCCAAGUAAAUAAAAUGAAAUUAUGGCAUUUUCCUUAUACAUUUGAUCCAUGAAUUAAGUUCAUCGGUUGUCUGUUAUGAUGGUAGCAUGUUUGCCUCGCACCUCCGAGGCUGGUGGUUUGAAUCCUGACCCUGCCCUGUGUGUGGAGUUUGCAUGUAUCUAACUCUACAAGUAUUGGCACCCUUUCUAUCUAUCCAAUCUUAUAAGUAAAUGGUCUGCACUUAUAUAAUGCUUUUUAACCUUAGUGGUUCUACACUGUUUCUCAUUCUCACACACACACACACACACAUGGCAGCAGAGAUGGAAUGCAAGGUGUUAGCCUGCCUUCGGGAGCAACUUGGGGUUCAGUGCUACUGCCAAAUGACACUUCGGCAUGUGGAGACACGUGGGACAGAAAUCGAACCACCAACCCUGUGUUUAAUGGACAACCUGCUCUACCACCUGAGCCGCAGCCAACCCAAGUAUUGGCACCCUAUAUAUCCAAUCAACUCUACAAGUAUAAGCACUAUCUCUCUAUCUAUCUAAUCAACUCCAUGAGUAUUGGCAACUUAUCUGUAUCUGUCUCUCUUAAAACUGCACAUAAACUUCAGAUUUCAAACUGAUAACUAUUUUAAACUUUCAGACUAGCUUUGUCAAUCCAACAUCAAAUUUGUCAUGACGCACUUUACCUAUCUAGUUAUUAAAAGCAUUGGUUCUAAUAUAGUGCAAAUAUAGGUGAAAUCUUGUAUACUGUUUUUCAAAUUUGCAUAUAAAUAAAUGUUAUUUCUAUAGUAUGGGGUAAUAUGCUCUCUAAACAAACAAACAAACAAACAAAAAAAACAGUUGCAUAUGUAAUUUCUUCCCUAAUACAUGGACUAGUCAUCACCUUGCUUUAAUAACCAUGCCAGUUCUCUCAGGUACUGAUCCCAUCAGUGUCCUGACAAGGUUUAUCCCAGUGGUUUUCAAAGUGUGGGCCGCCAGGGGGCCUCAACAAUUUGGUCGGAGCCACCAAGCCCAUCCCUCCCACUAGUGUGUUUUCUCUUUCUCACUCUCAGACAACCCCACACACACACACACACACACACACACACAAUCAAUUCCUAAUGUAAUGUAAAGAUGUAAGAUGUAAUUAUGAAUAAACAAGGGGGAUAUAUUCAGAAGUCUGUAUUUUUAAUGUGUUUUAAAGACAUCUUGCAAAAAGGGGGGCCUCGGUCAAAUGUUAAUGCCAUUUUGGGGGGCC